AUGAUAUUCCCCAACAAAUAUACCUCCCAACCCUUUUUUCGUUGGGUAGUCGCCUUCGUCACAACCAUUCCGAAAUCCUUCCUCUGCAACAUCUAUGCCCCUGCUGUAGCUUCAAUGGCUGCUAAAGGCAAAAAGUCACAGAAGAAACCAAACAGAAAGGAGCUUGUUUCUGUCCAGAGCAAAAAGAAAGAUGAUAUUCUGAGCGAGUCACAGAAGAAACCAAACAGAAAAGAGUUUGUUUCCGUCAAGAGCAAAAAGAAAGAUGAUAUUCUGAGCGAGUCUGAUAUGGAAGACGAAGAACUUGAACAACAGAGUGUUGAUAGUGAUGAAGGUGGGGAUUCAGGGUCGGAAAUUUCGUUGGAUGGGGAUGAUACAUUGGCUCGCGAUUUUUUAGACGGAAGCGAUGAUGAAGUUAAGGGGUCAGAUUCAGAUGCGGAAUUGGAUUCCGAUUCCGAUUCUGAUGAUCAUGAUCCUCAGACAGAAUCUACAGCUAUAGAUGCAGCAAAUAGGAGAAUACAACAAGAGGGGCAAGAUGAACUACAACUCAACAUCAAAGAACAACCUGAUGAGUUUCGAUUGCCAACACAAGAGGAACUUGAAGAGGAAGCUCGUGGACCCCCUGAUCUCACUGGUCUCCAACAAAGAAUAAAAGAGAUUGUUAGAAUUCUCUCAAAUUUUAGUGCUUUGAGGCAAGAAGGAGCCACAAGAAAGCAAUAUAUAGAGCAACUUAAGUUGGAUUUAGGAUCAUAUUAUGGCUACAAUGAGUUCCUUAUUUCAUCAUUUGUUGAGAUGUUUCCACCUGUUGAACUUAUGGAACUAAUUGAAGCUUUUGAAAAGCCUAGACCUAUCACCCUACGCACCAACACAUUAAAGACAAGAAGACGCGAUUUGGCUGGUGUUUUGUUGAAUAGAGGAAUCAAUUUGGAUCCAUUAAGCAAGUGGUCAAAGGUUGGCUUGGUUGUAUAUGAUCAUCAAGUGCCAUAUGGUGCAACUCCAGAAUACAUGGCUGGUCAUUACAUGGUGCAAAGUGCAAGCUCUUUUCUACCUGUAAUGGCCCUUGCUCCACAAGAGAAAGAACGGAUUGUUGACAUGGCGGCGUCUCCUGGUGGUAAAACUACAUACAUUGCAGCUCUUAUGAAAAACACUGGUAUUAUUUAUGCUAAUGAGAUGAAGGAGAAGAGGCUCAGUAAACUAACAUCUAAUUUACAAAGAUUGGGUGUUACAAAUACUGUAGUAUGCAGCUAUGAUGGGAGAGAGCUCCCAAAAGUAUUGGGACAUAACACAGCAGACAGGGUUUUGUUGGAUGCACCUUGCAGUGGUACUGGGGUUAUAUCUAAAGAUGAAUCUGUCAAAACCUCUAAAACUGCUGUUGAUGUACAAAACUUCUCACGUCUACAAAAGGAAUUAAUACUUGCAGCAAUUGACAUGGUGGAUGCAAAUUCAAAAACAGGGGGUUAUGUGGUUUACUCCACAUGCUCCAUGAUGGUUAUUGAGAAUGAAGAUGUUAUAGAUUAUGCAUUGAAGAAGAGGGAUGUGAAACUUGUGCCAUGUGGACUAGAUUUUGGGCGCCCAGGGUUUGUUCGAUUUAGAGAACGUAGAUUUCAUCCAUCAUUGGAAAAGACAAGACGAUUCUACCCUCAUGUUCAUAACAUGGAUGGGUUUUUUGUUGCUAAGUUGAAGAAAAUGAGUAAUUCAAAGGGAGUUUCUGCAGCUUCUGAAGUAGAACAAGAGGUGGAAGAAGAAGAAGUUUCUGAGAUGGAAGAAGUGGAAAUUCCUCAACAACCACAAAAGAAAGAGUUGUUGAAAAAAAAGUCAACAACAAAGUCAAAUGAUCUCAAAAGAAAAUUCCAAGAUAAACCUCCCACCUUUGAGAAGAGGAAGAAGUAUAAACCUCCUCCUAGAGAAGAGAUCUCAAAAGCCAGGGAAGAGAAGAGAGAAGCUCUUAGAGAAGCAAAGAAGAAAGCCACAAAGCAAACAAAAUCUUCAUCCACAAGCAAGAAAGGUAGAGAGGGGGUAUGAAUAUGAUAUCAUAUGUGGACCCCAUGCUUACUCAAUCGCUACUUCCUUAUGCUACUACUAAUGCAAAAUUUUGUACCAAAUUAUGUCUAUUUAUUAUUAUUUGCACGAGUCAUGUUUUUUUUUCUUGUUAUUUAUAUUAUAAUAGAGAAUUUGUAUUUGGGUUUUUGAUUUUGAUUUGAAGGGGAGGAUGUAAUAUGCAAAAUUAUUUCUAUGAUAG